UUGUGUCGCGAGGGCGUCACGGUGUAAUGUUUACCAUUCAAGAGAUAGUGCGGUGGUUGGGACUCACCGUGUUCGAAAUAUGGAUUAAUUUGAACGCUCUUGUGGUUUUUACCGUAUUGCUGGCGCUGAAAUUCGAUCACCACUCCGAAGUGCAUUAUUUCACUUGGUGGGCGAUUUUCUUCCCACUGUUCGCCGCGGACGCCCUAAACGCGUACUUUUGCGUAAUUGUGUUCAUACGUAUGCAACUGGAGAGCUCGUUGAAGGCGUCCCUGCAACGACUGGCGUGGUCGGCUAAUUUUAUAUUUAUGAUGUUUAUUUUUAAGUUCCUCUUAUGUAAAAAGCUAACGGGACAGCUCAGCUUAGAUUAUUCGGAAAUAUUUGCGCCUGUCUAUAUACUGUUACAGCUGGUUGCUGUUCGCGCAUGUCAACAGACUUGAAUUUUCCGAUUCUUAUAUGUAAAAUAAUAUACUUUUGUACUUAUUACAUUGUUUAAUACAAGAUCGUAAUCAUUUUGGAAU